AAUGGCUGUCUUUUUCUCUAAUCCAUUUCAACAAAAGAAGCCUAUUAAAAGAAGGAGCCGUGUCUUGAAUGGUUUGGAUUGUAUUGUUCCUAAUUCUGAGGAAGAACUUGCUCUCCACCCAAAGAAACUUGAUGAGUUAAAACAAUGGUUUAGAUCAAAAAUGGGCAUUUGUCGAGGUUCAAAAACUUUAUUGUUGACAGGCCCUAGUGGUUCUGGAAAAAGGACAGCAGUAAGGGUUAUUGCGGCAGAACUUGGAAUUGAAGUAACAGAAUGGGAUUGGACUGAUGAUUGUAAUAAUUUAAAUAAUAAUCGAAGACGUUCUUUCUCCGCUGAAGGAUUUGCACAAUUCUUGAAUGAUACACAAUUUAGUUCAAUUCAACGAAUGUCUUUAAAACAUCGAUUAUUACUUAUUAGUCAAUUGCCUAGCGAAUUUUUAAAUUUUCCUCAAUCAAUUUUGGAUGUGUUAGGAAUUGAACAUAUUAAAUUUAAUCCAAUUUCAAUUUCCCUUUUAAAUAAUGCCCUUCAAAGAGCUUCCAAAAAACUUUGUAAUUCACAACAAGGAAUUGAUGUUAAAAAUAUUGCUAAUUCUUCCAAUGGGGAUAUUAGACGCGCAAUGAAUUUAUUACUUUUACAUUAUAGACAACAAAAUUCCAAAAUAAUUGAAGGAAAUUCGGCAAAACGUCCAAGAUUAGAAAAAUUAUCAAAUAAUAAUUCUCAACAACCUUUAAUUUCCUUCUUUUCUUCUCAUUUUGCUUCAGAUCAAUUAGAAUUAUUUCAUUUUAUUGGAAAAAUAAUGUAUGCAAAAAGGGCUGAAAAGCCAACAGAAAAAUGGUUGGAGAAUGAAUCUAAAUUAAAUUUUAAUUUAAAAAGAAUUUAUGGACGUCCAUUACCUCCAAAAGAUGAUUUAAAUAAAUUAAUUGAAACAUCUCCAAUAUCUCCACAAUUGUUAUCUUCUUAUUUAUUUGAACACGAACCUCGUUUUGGCCCAUCAAUUAAAUCAAUUUCUAAAAUUCAACAAAUUAUUUCCAAAUUAGAUGUGCUUAUUUCAAUUAUCUGUUCGGGCAUCACUUUUUCACAAUUAUCGACCAUCUACUGGAGAUUACUUUCAUUACUUCCACGUAUUUCUUCAAUUUGUGUUAAUUAUAGUCAAGCAGAAUUAUUAGAAAAAUUAAGUCUUUCUUCCAAUCGUUUAUUUAAAUUUAAAAUUUGUGAAAAUUCUACACCAACAAAUUUUUCUUUUUUACAAAAAAAUGAAGAUUUAUCAGCAACAACAAAUGAAGAAGAUUUAAUUAAAAUGACCGAACAACUUUUUGAAGAUAAUAAUUUAAUUAAAGAAGAAUUUCAAAAUAAUAAUUCUUUAAAUAAUUCUUUUAAUUCAUUUUAUUCAAUUUCUUCAUUUUUUGAUGAUGAAGAAGGAGGAGGAGGUGGAGGGAAAGAAGGAGAGGAAGAAAAUGAUGGAUUUUGUUAUGAAAUUAAUGAAGAAGAAGAUGAAGAGGAGGAGAAUGAUGUUGGGGAUUUUGAUUUUUAA